AUGAGAGUCCUCGGAGCCGCGCUGCUGGCGGGCCUGGCCCUCGUGCUGCCCGCCGCCGAGGCCAACUUUUUGUCAAAGCAACAUGCUUCACAAGUUCUGGUUAGGAAACGCAGAGCAAAUUCUCAUUUUGAAGAAGUCAAACCGGGUAAUCUUGAAAGAGAGUGCAUCGAAGAACUGUGCAAUAAAGAAGAAGCGAGGGAGAUCUUUGAAAAUUACCCUGAAACGGAAUAUUUUUACCCAAAAUAUUUAGGUUGUCUUGGCUCCUUCCGAGCUGGAUUGUUCACUGCUGUCCGUCAGUCAACUCAUGCUUUCUCUGACUUAAGGAGCUGUGUCACUGCCAUUCCAGACCAGUGCAACCCUCUGCCAUGCAAUGAAGAUGGAUAUCUGAGCUGCAAAGAUGGCCUGGCUUCAUUCACUUGCACAUGUAAACCAGGUUGGCAAGGAGAUAAGUGUCAAUACGAUAUAAAUGAAUGCAAAAAUCCCUCAAACAUAAAUGGAGGUUGCAGUCAGAUUUGUGAUAACACACCUGGAAGUUACCAAUGUUCUUGUAAAAGUGGUUUUGUUCUACUUUCAAAUAAAAAGAACUGCAAAGAUGUGGAUGAAUGCUCUGUGAAGCCAAGCAUUUGUGGCACAGCUGUGUGCAAGAACACCCCAGGGGACUUCGAAUGUGAAUGUGCUGAAGGUUACAGAUACAGUCCCACAUCAAAGUCCUGCGAAGAUGUGGAUGAAUGCUCUGAGAACAUUUGUGCUCAACUUUGUGUCAAUUAUCCUGGAGGUUAUUCUUGUUACUGUGAUGGGAAGAAAGGAUUCAAACUUGCCCAAGAUCAGAAGAGUUGUGAGGUUGUUCCAAUGUGCCUUCCCUUGAACCUUGAGAAAAAUUAUGAACUCCUUUACUUGGCAGAGCAGUUUGUAGGGGUUGUUUUAUAUCUAAAAUUUCGCUUACCGGAUUCCAUCAGAUUUUCAGCCACAUUCGAUUUCCGGACAUAUGAUUCCGAAGGUGUUAUCCUGUAUACAGAAGCUCUUGACCACUCAGCUUGGCUCCUGAUUGCACUUCGUGGUGGAAAGCUUGAAAUUCAGUUUAAGAAUGAACAUACAACACAAAUCACAACUGGAGGCCAAGUUAUUAAUAAUGGUCUAUGGCAUAUGGUCUCCGUGGAAGAAUUGGAACAGAGUAUUAGUGUGAAAAUAGCUAGAGAAGCCAUAAUAAAUAUAAAUAAGCCAGAGAGACUUUUUAAGUCUACAGUUGGAUUUGUAGAAACCAAAGUAUACUUUGCAGGCUUACCUCGGACACUGAAGAAUACACUCAUUAAGCCGAUUAAUCCUCGUCUAGAUGGAUGUAUGAGAGGCUGGAAUUUGAUGAAUCAAGGAACUGCAAAAGUAGAUGAAAUCGUUCAAGAAAGACAAAAUAAGCAUUGUUUUAUCUCUGUGGAGAAAGGUUCCUAUUAUCCUGGUUCUGGAGUUGCUCAAUUUAGCAUAGAUUAUAGUAAUAUAUCCAACUCUGAUGCUUGGCAUGUGGAUGUGUUUUUGAAUAUUCGUCCCUCCACGGGCACUGGUGUUAUGUUUGCCUUGGUUUCAGGUGACACCGUGCCUUUUGCCUUGUCCUUGGUGGACUCCUCCUCUGAGAAGCUUCAGGAUAUCCUGGUAUCUGUUGAAAAUACAGUAAUAUCCCGGAUAGAGUCCUUAAGUCUGUGUUCCAGUCAGCAAUCUCAUCUGGAAUUCAGACUCAACAGAACACAUCUGAUGCUGUUGACUCCAGUUAAAAAUGACAUCAUCUACUCUGAAGAUCUUCAAAGAGAAUUUGGCAUCUUGGACAAAGCAAUGAAAGGAACAGUUGCCACUUACCUGGGUGGCCUUCCAGGUGUUCCAUUCAACGCAGCACCAGUGACAGCCUUUUUUAAUGGCUGCAUGGAAGUGAAUGUGAAUGGUGUACAGCUGGAUCUGGAUGAAGCCGUUUCUAAACACAAUGAUAUUAGAGCUCACACAUGUCCAUCUGUUUUGGAAAACAAAAAGACCCCUUAA